UAUUCAAGCCAGAAUGUGGUGGAUCAACCAAAUGAAGAUGUUUACAUAUAUCUUGUUAAUGUGUGUCGCACAAGAUGUCUUUUCAUCGGGUUACUUUAGAGUUACUAUAAGAUUUACAAAUCUGGAAUUCACUCCGGAACUGCAGAACAGAAAUAAUAGAUUAUUCCAACAGAGAUCUAAAAGUAUUGAAUCUGACAUAGAAUAUUUGUUUAGGAAUAUAGUUGGAGGUCUUUCUGCGACUGUGCUGCAGUUUGGUAAAGGAUCACUGGAAGUAACUUUUGAUUUGGGUUCUCUAGGAGAUGUUGAUGAAGCUGAGAUUAGACAAAUCUUAGAAGAAGCUUUACGGUCAGGAAGAAUUGGUUCCAACACUGUUACAGAGGGAGGUUUUUCUUUUGAAGCUCUUCCCUCUGUCAGCUGUCCAAAUCAUGUUGGUCGCCUACCUGAUAGGUUGCCUCGAACUGAUGACAGUGGUGCACAUUUUCUCAUCAAUAAUGCCUUCCCGUGUGAUGGCAAAGUUAUAAGUUGGGAGUACUAUAGAUUAAUUCCACAAGGCACUGCUUAUGUUGGAGUCUGGAGACAGGUGAACGAUGAGUUUCUCCUGGUAAAAAGAACUGCGCUGCCGUCAGGUCAGCAGGGUCAAAAUCAAGUGGACGACAGUGAGCCAAUCCAGGUUAAGCGUGGUGACUUCAUUGGGAUCUUCUAUCCUGAGAGUACACCUCAAAAUGUUAUUGCUCAGGCUAGGGUUGAGGAUGAUGCUGUCUUAUCAAAGGAACUCUAUCAGACAUAUUAUGCUAAUCUUUAUAACGAAAACAUUGGACAGGGGAAAAAAUCAACCUCAACAAUUACGACGUACAGUCCACCAAUGCAACAUUCUCCAUUAGAGCAAUCAUGGACUAUGACGAUUCAUUAGCCUAUUCAUGCGAGCAGAAUGAAUUUGACUGUGGAAAUGGCUUUUGCAUUGAAGCUGCUUACAAGUGUGACAAACAAGAAGAUUGCGACAAUGGCAUAGAUGAACAGGGCUGUGAAGUGUCUGUCUCUGCUGUUACUGUUGGUGCAACUACCAGACAUACAACAAGACCUGCACCCAGAACUACAACCCCAACUGACACUUGCCUUGAAGGAAG